UCAAUUUUUUCCGGCUCAUUUCCACGGACGUUUGUUGUGAUUUUCCAGAAAAGACGCACUUUUGACUCGAUAAAGUCGGAAAUUAAAUAAAAUUGGUGAGGUGGAUGUGUACGGUUCAUUUGUUGCAUUCACCGGAAGGGUGGCUGUUGGUAAUGUUGUGCGUUGAUGCUUUUAUUGGCUGACGACACAGCCUGUGAUGCGACUGCUUACGUGGAACUCCCUCAUCAUGUUCGACAUCGUCUUCGUGUUCUUCUUAUUCCUGGUGGGGGUCACAUGUCUCGUGUACUACCUGCCAGGGAGACGACCUGAACCUGAAGACAGACCGCUGCAAUGCUAUGUCACCGUCACGUCGGCGGACGUCCAAGGAUCGCCCGUUGAUCACGUCUAGAAAAUGGCCACAUGUCGAGGUCCCGUAUCAGAGAAGCUCGUCUUCAUGGGGGUCCAAGUUUGGGGCAACUCUUGACGGCACGUCCCUCGGGACUUACCGAGCCCGAGUGUUGGGCUAUCUUGUGUCAAGCCGUUCAAGCACUGCAAGAUUUAUUCUUAUCUGAUGGUGCCUCAGGUGAUUCAUGCAUUCCUUUGGUAACACCGUCUACCCUCAUACUGUCGUCGAGGGGAAGGGUGAAACUAUGUCAGAGCAGUACAGUAUUUGGAUGUGGUCCCCCAGCACACCUGGCGGGUUAUUUAGCGCCUGAAUACAGGCCCAACAAACAAUGCUCAGACACGGAGACGGAAAAGAUGUGGAUAUAUGCCCUGGGGGAAACUCUAAAAAGGGUCACUUUAACGAGCCAUUCUGCCACUUUACGACUGAGUAAUGAACUGUAUCAAGUGUUGGUUGACAUGACCAAAGUGCAAGUGGCUGCGAGGGCGUCUCUCAUGUAUCUAUUAGAGGUUAUUUCUGACUACUGCAAGCGACGUCAACAAAACCGCCCUUUUUCUCACAUCGUCAUGGAUUUGCAUCAGGAAGCAAUGGCAGCUGUGGAAUUAGCCCUCGACACCCCUUGGGGACCCCCAGCUAUGCCCGAAUUACGUCCCAGAACCAGGAAUAGAAGUGAAUCGAACACAGAGGGGAUUGGUACAAUCCCCCGCCGCUGGAUCGGCCUGACGCGCCCCCACGACCCCAUCCUGAAACUGACAAAAGAAGCCAGCACCAGCAUGGAGGACCUGUCUUUCUCCAUGCCGAUUUCCAACGCCCCCGGCUCACUCGUGCGCCCCAAAUCGAUGUGUGUGCCUGACAUGCGAUACUUUAACAAUGAUCUACCUAAGGAUUUUCAAUUUUGCGGGAGUGCGACGAACAGAUUGAGUGAUUUAGCCACCGGUUCGGACGUUUAUUGCGGGAAAAAUUCCAAACUGAGUCGGGGAGAGCGUCUGGAUGGUGGUAAUAGUGGCAGAAGACCGAGGAUGAGGCGAAAUCCGGUGCAAAGGGCCGCGUCCAGACUUUACCGUGCCAGUGUUGACGUGCCGAGGGACUGUGUUGGGCCGGAAUUCGUUGUGAGGGCUUCGCUGCCAAGUAAGCAGAUUACUAUGCCCGAUUUCAAAGGACAAAAGAAGCAUGUGACAGUUAUCAUGUUAAAUGGGCAAAAAGUUGACGUUCUCUGCAAUCCCAACACCACCACUGCGGGACAACUGUUCGAGGCAAUAAUCCAGAAAGAACACAUCGAGGAGAACUUCAUGUUGGGUCUUUCGGCAUUAAUCGCUGGCGAUUUUGUUUUUCUCCCAUCAGACACCCGAAUUUGCAAGGCUGUGCAACCUGGCAAUUUGCAAAAUGCUACUCUUACUUUAUUUAUGCGAGUUCGCUUCUUCCUGCCCAGUCUUCGUGGGAUCCGAGGAUUGCAAGCUCGUCAUUUAUUGUAUUUGCAAUUGAGAAGGUCGAUACUUGAACACCAAUUGCCCUGCUCUUUCUCACAGCUUAUCGAAUUGGACGGACUUGCCUUGCAAGCGGAGUUUGGAAAUUACAGCGAGAGGGAGCAUGGGGCUCGGGACUACUUCCUGUUGGAACAUUACGUUCCAGAGACCAUGUCUUGCGCGAUCGAUGACCAGUAUGGUUUGCGUCAAGAAUUGAUCCGGUGUCAUAUAUCCAAAAGGGGAUUAAGUGCGGAAAAGGCUGAACAGGACUUUAUUAUCCUUGCCCAAAGUCUCCCCCAUUACGGUGGACACUUUUACACCGCAACUUGGAUGCUCAAAGACAAUAAUCAGAAAGACGUUUGGCUGUAUAUUAGCGCCCAAGGGAUCAAUCUCUACGAACGUGACAGAUCAGCGAGCAACUGCGGACCACAGCUCUACGAAAUGUUCGAAUGGAGAAGCAUUCAAACUUUGUGUUACAGCAAACAGUAUUUAUGCAUCCUUCCGCAUACUAAAAUCCUCCACGGGUCGAAACUAAAGAAAUACAAACUCAAAAUGGACCACAAAAAGAGUUAUUUCACUUUCCGUCUUGCUUCGUUACACCACCAGUUUUUCCUCCGUCUUCGCACUGAAUACACGUCACUCCAGACGCUCUCCCAACAAUUCGGGAUCCCCCUCAAAGACAUGAAAAACGAAACCAACUCUUUGUGCAAAUUAGAAGCACUGACAAAUUACUUGGACCAGUCGACGGUGAACGCCGAAACCGAAUUCAAAAUCGAAUUUCGGGCCUCUUCGAAGUGCAGUAAAGCAUCAAAUGAGAACAAACUCCGACGGGCAAAAAGUGUAGACAUCAACGAGGAUUACCAAAAUAAGGAAAAUGAGCUCCCUUCUGAACGAAAAACUUCAGGAUUAAUCCUUGAUAGUUGCUAUCUGUCAGGAUUGGGGAAUAUCAAUCCCGAUAAGAGACGCGGAGUUAAAAUGGGGACUCGAAUGUUCAAUAAUCGAGUAUCCAGAUCUAUGGAAGCUAUGAACGCCCCAAGUCACGAUGAUUUAGAAGAGAUGUCGCUGCAAUCUGUCUCUCUUCAUUGCAGUUCCACGUCGAUAUCCAACGAGGCCUACAUUAUAGAUUCUUCGGUGAAAUCCCCCACGAAUCAGUUUCUCCCCGACUUUCAUGAGAGUUUAAGUGAGACUUUGUUGAACAAACUGAAUGAUAUUUCAUUCGAGGAGGAGCGGAUUUUAUCGACAGUUUGUGUCGAGCGCGACAGUAGGGGUAGUUUAGGGCUGCAGAUCACAGAGGGCUCCGAUGGUAACGUCUACAUCCAGUCGGUGAUCCUAGGAGGCCCUGCCCACUUGAGUGGGAAUAUAUUGAGCGGUGAUCAAGUCGUCGCUGUCGAUGGGCGAAGCCUCCUAGGGAUGAAAUACAAAAAUGCCUUAAAUUUGCUAACCAAUACAGGGCAGAAAGUGGAAUUUGUGCUCUCGCGGAGCGUCCAUUCACAAUCGACGCUGCGCAUCACUGAUGGGUGUAAAAUGAACUUAUCAAAUAUCACUGAAUCCCAUUUGAAAAAUCUACGUUUGGAAAACACGAUGAAUAAACUCAAACGCUUAUCGUACCCCAAUUACAACUCAAGUCUACACAGGGUGUUAGUUGGUAGUCCUGUCGAAAAACACGUGACCGAAAGCUGUCUCGACAUUUCAAAUUUUCACAAAUAUGGGUCUAGUAAUACUUCAACGGAAGUGCCAUAUCAUAAACAUAUCCGCUAUGAAAUCGAACCCGAAACCGAGAAUGUGAUGGUGAAGAAGAAUCUACCGCAAAGCAAUACUUCGGUGGCGAGUUUGAACAAGAAUAUUUCCAAAUCGUGCAAUCAAAUCUACGAUACUGACAAAGCUGUUGUUGUCGAUGUUAUACCGAAGAGUAACAACAACUCUAGGUCACUUGAUCGCAAACUUCUCAAGGAAGAUAAUACUAAUUGCAAAGCUACUAUACCGCCUAUAGCGCUACCUCGAAGUUUAGGACUUAGCAGGAAGUGGAGGGGACCGGUCAGGUAUCCAGUAACACCAGUGAAAAAAACCAUGAUGGGUAGUGAUGUAGAAAACCAGACUAAUUACUUGUCCAACUCGGAUGAUGAUCAAGUUUUCAUUUAGUUUUGGAACAAUUUUUUGCUAACUGAAACUGUUUACAGUUCAGUGACUCAUUUUAUUUACAAUUCCUAAGCAAAAUUCGUUUAGAAUUCGACGUUUAAAAAAUAUUUCAAGGUUACAAAGUAUACGUUGUCAAUAACAUAAGUCACAAACGUCAAAUUUUGACUUUUUUGACAAAUACAAUGACAAUUUUUUUGAUUUUUUUUCGAUUUCAGUACCUAGGAAAAAUAAGAAAACAUAUAUUUGUUUUCCUAUUUUAUAUCACUUUUGGGAGUUUAUUGUGAUCGCGAGGUAGUCGAAUUUCAACUUCUUUGACAACUAUGACAGUUAAUGACAAUUAACUGACAAUUCUUUCAUUAAAAAUUACCCAAAUUUGUUCAAAAUUUUAGUUAGAAUUCGACGUUUCAAAGUUUUCACAACUAAGGGAGAAAGUCGGCAACCGAAAGAUGGCACUGACAAUAUCAACAAAAUAGGGAAAACAUAAGCAAAAAGGUUUGAUAGUUACAAACGUCAAAUUUUGACGUAUUUGUCAAAUUCCAAAUGACAAUUCUUUUGCCUAUUUCAGUAAUUACGAAAAAUCCACCAUUUUGCUGAAAAAUACCAAGUUGUUAUGUGUUUUGAUGAACUGACAAAGUCAAAAAAGGGAAACAUAACAUAAAAUUAAAAUUUGACUCUCACAAACGUCAAAUUUUGACGUUUUUGGCAAAUACAGUGACAAUUUUUUGAUUUUUAUUUUUCGAUUUUAGUACCUAGGAAAAGUAAGAAAAUAUAUAUUUGUUUUCCUAUUUUAUAUCACUUUUGAAAGCUUAUUGUGAUCGCGGGGUAUAUUAAAAUUUUUCACAGUCGCAAACGUCGAAUUUCGACUUCUUUGACAAUUAUGACAGUUAAUGACAAUUAACUGACAAUUCUUUCAUUAAAAAUUACUCAAAUUCGUUCAAAAUCUUAAUUAGAAUUUUGACAACUAUGACAGUUAACUGACAAUUCUUUCAUUAAAAAUGACCCAAACUCGUUCAGAAUUUUAGUUAGAAUUCGACAUUUCAAAAAUAAAUGUUUCAAAGUUUCUACCACUAAGGGAGAAAGAUGGCACUGACAAGUUUGACAGUUACAAACGUCAAAUUUUGACGCCUUUGACAAAUAUUAUGACAGUUGAUAAAAAAUAAUUGCCAAUUCUUUUGCCUAUUUCAGUAAUUACGAAAAAUCCACCAUUUUGCUGAAAAAUACCAAAUUGUUAUGUGUUUUGAUGGACUGACAAGGUCAAAAAAGGGAGACUUAACAUAAAAUUAAAAUUUGAUAGUCACAAACGUCAGAUUUUGACGUCUUUGACAUAUAUUAUGACAGUUUAUGACAAUUAACUGACAAUUCUUUUUCCUGUUUCAGUAGUUCCGGAAAAUUCAUCAUUUUUAUUGUUUAUAUUUUUAAUCUCUAACUGUUUGUUUUACUUUUUUUAUCACUUUUGGAAACUUAGCCUGGUAGCAGGGUAUUACCUACUAAAAUUUUUGACAGUCACAAACGUCGCAUUUUAACGUUUUUGAUAAAUAUGACAGUUAAUGGCAAAUCUCUUAUUUACAAUUUGAAAAAAAAAAUGUAUCAAAGUUAUAAAAUACACGUUGUCAGUAACGAAAAAUGGCACUGGCAAUAUCAUGAAACUAGGGAAACAUAACUAAAAAUUAAAAUUUGACAGUUAUUAAUGUCAAAUUUUGACGUCGUUGGUAAGUAUUAAGACAGUUGAUGACGAUUAACUGACAGUUCUUUUUCUUACUUCAGUAAUUAUGAAAAAUCCACCUUGAUUUUAUUUUUAUAACGAGAAAAUGUUUACAUUUUUAAUCCGUAACUAAAAAAGAUUCCAAAUGGUUACGUUUGGUUUUCAUGGUGGUCGCAGGGCAUAUUAAAAUACUUGACAUUUACAAAUGUCAAAUUUUGACGUCUUUGACAAAUAUUAUGAUGUAUUUAAUUAACAAUUUGUUAAUAUACGGUUACUCAUUUUGUAACAAUUCUUUAGCCGAAAUUGGUUUAAAAUUACAGUUGGAGACAAAAUACUUUGGUCGUCAAUGUCACUUGAGUGAGAUUAUAUUGUAAAGAAUGCUAUAGGACUCUUAACAUUAUUUUUAGCUACUGUCAAUGAUAGUUGACAAGUUGUCUGUACAUAUUUUUGAUAGGAAAAUAUAAUAACUGUCAUUAAUUUGAAAUUGUCAUUCAUUUUAACGUUAAAGCUUGAAUUACAUUAAAGUGUCAGAAAAGUGACGACCAAAGUAUUUUGUCUCCAACUGUACAGUUUGAUUUUAAAAACAAAUCUCUCAAGAUUACAAAGUAUACAUUGCAAAUAACUAUAGGAGAAAGUCACUAAUCGAUAGGCGACACUGACUCUGAGAGAACAUAACCAAGAAUUAAAAUUUGACAUUAACAAACGUCAAAUUUCUACGUCUUCGACAAAUAUGACAGUUUGUCAAUUCUUUUCAUUAUUUCAAUCCCUAGCUUCGAAAAAGCCACCAUUUGGCUGAUUUUCUACAAUGAGAAUAUGUUCACAUUUUUAAUCUUUAACUGAAAAGUACCAAAUUGCUAUUUCUUUUACUGUAUUUCAUCACUUUUGGAACCUUAUUUUGGUCGCAGGGUAUAUUAAAUUUAAUGAAAAACAGUACCGGACUUCGUCUUCAAUCCACAUUUUUGGUGUUAUAAAUACACAGAAACGUGCAGGUUUUAUGCUUUUUUGCUAUUUUUCCUCACUUGGGAAACUUAUCGUGGUCGCAGGGUAUAUUAUUAAAUUGACAUUUCCCUUUAGUGUCAGUCUUUGUGUUGUCAAAAUGGUGGAGUGUGAUAAAAGCAAGCCAAAAAAGCCCUCGAAAAAGCCCAAAGCGUCUGCAAACCCGCAAAAAAUUGCACCACUCCUUGAAUUUCCGCAUUUUCUCCGUAUUAUUGGCCCAAAACACAUACGAGUCGUGA